AAGAGCUGCUGGCGGUGGGCAGCGCACUCUCUCUUUCUCCGACACAGUCUAUCCCUCUUCCAGCUGGCGAAGCCUGGCCAGUCAUUCCUUACACCCUCCGGUCGUUCACUGGAACAUGCGUUCUGUCCUUUCGCUCUUUCUCGUCGGCCUGCUCUCCCAUGCCUGCUCAUCCCAUGCUCUGACCUUCCCCAUCCACGUUCGCUCCCGGGCGGACGUCCCCUCAGCUGCUGGCAGGCUCUCAGCGCGUGCCGCAAACGGCCACACCCUCCUCCCUGUCCUCAAUACUCAGAACUCUGAGUACAUCGCCAAUAUCACCCUCGGAGGCAGAGAGAUACCCGUCCUCCUCGACACGGGCAGUUCCGACCUAUGGGUGACAGGCUCCAUACCCCAGACGACCGACCUGGGCAUGCCAGAGUCGCUCUCCUACGCCGUUGGAGCAGCCAAGGGCGACAUUAACUCCGCGACUCUGCAGUUCGGCAACUACACUGUACAAGACCAAGCAUACCUCCUUGUGAAAAACAUCUCAUCCUUCUCCAUCAACAUCGAAGCCGAGGGCUUCCAGGGCCUGAUUGGGCUUGGGCCCAACACGGGCUCCGUCCUCCGCGACAAGAUGGACGACCCUAAGGGCGACAGCGUCCUCGCGCGUAUCUUCCAGCAAAAUACCACUUCUUCCAACUAUAUGUCCGUCCUCCUCAGCCGCGAGGGCGAUCCGAACAGUGUCUCAUCCGGCUACAUGACUAUCUCCGAGAUCGUGCCCGGCUUCGACGCCAUCUCGAGCAUGCCUAAGCUCUCCGUGUCGAAGGACCACAAGUUGACGGACCUCGACCAGCACUGGCAGACGUACACGGACGUCGACGGGCUCAUCGGCCCCGACGGGAACCCGAUCAAGUACGACUCCAUCGUCCCCUCCGCGCCUGACGGCCAGCUCGCCGUCGUGUUCGACUCCGGUUUCACGCUCCCGCAGGUGCCUCGCGCGGUGUCGGACGCGAUCUAUGGCCGCGUGCAGGGCGCGGAGUGGAACACGCAGUAUGGCGCGUGGACCAUUCCGUGCUCGCAGAUGCUAAACAUUAGCUUCAAGUUCGGCGGGCAGACAUAUCCGAUACACCCUCUUGACGUGUCGAGCAGCGACUUCAACAUCGUCAAUUCAAACGGCGAGACGGUUUGCCUGGGUACUUUCCAACCCAUCAGCACGUCUGCAUUCAGUCUACUCGGUGAAUAUGACAUGAUCCUCGGCAUGGCGUUCAUGCGCAAUGUCUACACUCUCUUUGACUACGGCAACUUCGUCGAAGACACGAGUGUAGACCUCGGUGAUCCUUUCAUCCAGCUCCUUUCCACCACGAACGCAACCGCCGCACACGAGGCCUUCGUGCAGGUCCGUCUCAGCGGCACCGACUCGACCGGCGACGCCUCGCAGGCCCUCCUCCCCGCCUCGCAGGAACAGCACUCGCCCGAAUCCGAGGAGGAAAAGAAGCAAGAAUACGAAGAGAAAGUGCUCAGCCGCUGGCCCGAGAUCUUCGUGGGCUGCCUUGCGUUCGUGCUCAUCGUGACGGGCAUCAUCGUCUGGCGGUGCUGCUUCGUGCGCCGCCGCAAGAAUCGCGCCGCGGCCGCGGCGAAGGGCCUGCUCCCGACGAACAACAUGGGCUCGCCGUCUUCGUACAAGCAGCUCGCGGGCUCGUCGACCGCGACCCUUGUCAGCAUGCAGAACAUGGAAGGAAAGCACGUGUAGGACGUCGGACGAAGUGUACGCUCGCGUUCGCCCGAGUGCGCCUGCUGCUCCCGUUGCUGUCGGUGGCGGUUGUGGGUGCGCGGGCGGGCGCCGAGCAAUUGCGGACAGUUGAGAUUUGAUGUUUGUGUUAGUACACGUUUCCGACGAAUAGUCGGAUUGGAUAUCGAUUUGUCGAGCUGCUUUCGUUGUUUCAUUGACUCGCCCCCUACUCAGUGAUGAAAGUCUGCCGUGAGCAUUGUACAUGAUACAAUGCAACGACGUAUUCACGUGAAUCA